AUGUCGACCGACGCCGACAACAAUGCGCACGAGUCGCAAUUCCAGAACAUUGGAGAUCUCGUCGAGCGCAAUGACGAGACGGGUGUCAUGAGUGUGGAGUCUCUCUGCAUGAACUGCCACGAAAAUGGAACUACUCGAAUCCUCCUCCUACGUGUGCCUUUCUUCAAGGAUAUUGUCGUGGACUCGUUCUACUGCGAGCACUGCCACUUUUCCAACAACACCGUCAAGCCUGCUGGUCCCAUCUCCCCCCUCGGUUUGAAAUAUACCCUCGAUGUGAACAACCCCAACGACCUCCAGCGUCAAGUUAUCCGAUCCGAUGCUGCCACCUUCAAGCUCGACACUCUGGGAAUUGAGAUGCCCAAGGGCGGAGAAAUCAGCAACGUGGAGGGAAUGAUUCAGCGCAUGCACGAGUCCCUCUCUAGCGAGCAGCCGCAGCGCAAGGAGCAGGCUCCUGAGCUCCACGAUGCUCUCGAGCCCCUCAUUCAGAAGCUGCAGGAUAUCCUGGACCGCAAGUUCUUCCCCUUCACCAUCUCCCUCGACGAUCCCACCGGAAACUCCUGGAUCGCUCCCAACCCCAGCGACAAGACCAACUACCGCCGCGUGGAGUACCCUCGUACUCACGAGCAGAAUGAGGAACUUGGUAUCACCGCCGAGCCUACUGAGCAGGCUGCUAACAACGCUAUGGAUAUGGGCAACCCCGAGGAUUCCGAGAUUGUCGACGGCCAGGUCUACACUCUUCCCGCAGAGUGCCCUAGCUGCACCCGUCCCGUUGCACUCCACAUUAAGAAGGUCUCUAUUCCCUACUUCAAGGACGUCCUGAUCAUGGCUAGCUCCUGCGCCCCCGAGGAUGGUGGCUGCUCCUACAAGCAGAACGAGGUCAAGGUCGGCGGAGAGAUCCCUGAGAAGGGUCGCCGCAUCACCCUGCGGGUUGAGAACACCACCGAUCUUAACCGUGACGUGCUGAAGUCCGGUACCUGCGCUCUGCACAGUGAGGAGCUCGAGCUUUACCUCGGCGCUUCUUCAAUCUCCAGCCGCUUCACCACCGUCGAGGGUCUUCUUACCGAUAUGCGCAAGCAAUUGCACGGAAACCUCUACGAUCUCGGCUCCGGAGGUGGUGACAGCAUGGACACCUCUGAUAAGGAGAAGUGGGACCGCUUCUUUGACCGUCUCGACCAGGCUAUCAACGGCGACCUGAAGUUCACCAUUACCUUAGAGGAUCCCCUGGCCAACAGCUACGUUCAGGAUCUGUGCUCACCCGCUAAGGAUCCCCAACUCGACAUCGUUGAGUACGAGCGUACCGAUGAGGAGAACGAGGAGCUUGGCUUGAACGACAUGAAGACCGAGGGCUACGAGGAGGAUGCGAAGGCUGAGGCAGAGCAGAAGGCAUAA